AUGGAGGCCCCCGCCGCCGCCCCCGCCUCUCCCGCCGCCCCCGCCGCCCCGGACAGCACCCAGCAGCCCGACGCCCCCGGCUGGCGCGGCUGCCUGCGGGGCCUGCGGGGCGCGCUGCCGCCCGACGUGCGACGCGAGGCGGCUGCGCUGGGGGCGCUCGCGGGCCCCGUGUUCCUGGCGCAGCUGAUGAUCUUCCUCAUUGGCGUCGUCAGUUCCAUCUUCUGCGGGCACCUGGGCAAAGUGGAGCUGGAUGCCGUUACGCUCGCCGUGUCGGUUGUAAACGUUACUGGGAUUUCCGUUGGAACUGGCUUGGCCUCCGCUUGUGAUACACUGAUGUCUCAGUCCUUUGGAGGCAAGAACCUGAAGCGCGUGGGGAUCAUACUGCAAAGAGGAAUCCUCAUCCUGAUGCUGUGUUGCUUUCCGUGCUGGGCCAUCUUCAUCAACACGGAGCGUAUCCUCUUGCUCUUGAAACAGGACCCCGAAGUCUCCAGGAUAGCCCAGAUUUACGUGAUGAUUUUUAUUCCCGCUCUUCCUGCAGCAUUCCUGUUCCAGCUGCAGACGAGAUAUUUGCAAAGUCAGGGGAUCAUCAUGCCGCAAGUGAUGACUGGGAUUGCAGCAAAUGUGAUCAAUGUGGGCAUGAAUGCCCUCCUGCUCUAUGCCCUGGACCUCGGAGUGGUAGGAUCUGCCUGGGCAAACACCACUUCCCAGUUCCUCCUGUCUGCUCUUCUUUUCCUGUACGUCUGGUGGAGAAAACUCCAUGUUGACACCUGGGGAGGUUGGACUAGGGACUGUUUCCAAGAAUGGAGCUCCUACAUCCAGCUGGCUAUUCCCAGUAUGUUCAUGGUGUGCAUCGAGUGGUGGACCUUUGAGAUUGGAACCUUCCUUGCAGGACUGAUUAGUGUGACAGAGCUUGGGGCCCAGGCCAUCAUUUACGAACUGGCCUCUGCAGCCUACAUGGUGCCCCUGGGCUUUGGUGUGGCGGCCAGUGUCCGAGUGGGCAAUGCUUUGGGUGCAGGGAAUGCUGAGCAGGCUUGGCACUCUAGCGUCACUGUUCUUCUGUGUGCGGGUGUUUGCGCACUCGUAGUGGGCGUUUUACUUGCAGCUUUGAAGGAUGUCGUUGCCUACGUAUUUACCAGUGACAAAGAUAUUAUUUACCUUGUGAGCCAAGUGAUGCCUAUUUUUGCUCCCUUUCAUCUAUUUGAUGCACUUGCAGGUACCUGUGGGGGAGUCCUACGAGGUACAGGAAAACAAAAGAUUGGUGCUAUCUUGAAUGCCAUUGGUUAUUAUGUUUUUGGUUUUCCCAUUGGAGUAUCUCUGAUGUUUGCUGCUAAACUUGGGAUAAUAGGUCUCUGGUCUGGAUUGAUAGUCUGUGUUUUCUUUCAAGCCCUUUUCUAUUUGGUGCUCAUCUGGAAGACAAACUGGGAGAGAGUUGCCGAGCAGGCACAGGUCCGAGCUGGGCUGAAGGGGAUCAUCAGAGAGACCACGCCGUCACCAGCAGAUCUGCCUGUCUUGGAGAAAGAAGUAACCGAUGGAGUAAUUUUACCUGAUAUCAUCACACCCGAGAGCCAGACCCUCCAAUUAAUGGUAAUAGAAGAAAACAACCAGUAUGCUGUGCCCACCAUUGGGGAUGUUUUGACAGUGAGCCAGUUGGUUUUCUAUCGUGGAAUAGCUCUAGCUCUUGCUGUUGCUGUUCUUUUAGCAGGAAUUUUAAUAAGGGUUUUCAAUGACCGUGGCUAAAAUAGAAGAAUUAUCAGCAGCCCACAAACCAGACAUGAUAAUUAUCUACAUGAUAUAUGAAGCCUGGGAGGUGACCCUGUCACGUGGACAGCGGUUUUUCCCCCAGUUGCGGGUGGAAAGGAUAUCAAUGAUGCUUUCUUAGUUAUCCCAAGAAUCUGCACUAUCCUAUUUGAGAUCAAGAAAGGAGUUAGAAUUCUACAUUUCUCCCAGAUGUUAACCCUAUCAUGGUUUUUAAAUCUGUAAAUUUGAUUUUCCCUGCUGGAAGUAUUCUGUACUCUUCUGUUGAAUAUCUUCCUUCUUUCAGGAAAGUUCAUUGUCCUCUAAAAUUGAUUGCUGAUCCAGUUUUGUUUGUAUUUCUCUGUUAAUGUAUUUAAUCUUAUCAGUGGGUGUGUAUUAAGUGCCUGUUCAAGUCCCAUCUCAGGUAUAGCCAU